AUGGCUUCCACUUUUUGCCAUCCAGAACUACGUGGUUCACUGUUCGGACGCUCACUUUCUGGCAAACAUUGUGAGAUAUUUUUCGAGGACUGCCAGGAGAAUCAGUGCGAAUCAAGCGAUGGUUUGUGCUACGAUGCCUUCGGUCAAGUUCCAUGCUCAGCUUCCGCUACGACAUCGCCAUGCGCAGAGAACAUCACGCUGACAUCGAAGGGUUAUUUCAAAUGGCCAGUCACAGAGGUCAACUCAGUAGCCACACUCGACUGCUUCAGACUGCCCGGUCAUGUCGCCACAAGAAGAUGCAGCUACUUCAAUCUGACCACAGCAUUGUGGAUGGAAGCGAACGUUGACAACUGCACAACUUGCUGUCGUUAUUCUUUGAUAAUUGAGCUAACAAUAAAAAGGAGGUGUUCCAGCGAUGAGGUAGGCCAUUUCAGUAAUACUGUUGGUGAAGGAGUAUUUUCUGACAUCUUAUCUGCAAGUCCACUUGAUCAACUUCAUUCAAUUUCCUCUUGUCGCCGUUGUAGGUGCGUAGUCUGGUUUGAUAUCGACAUCCAGCAGUCCAUUAAGCAAUUGAUAAGUUGA